AUGCUGGAGAUCAAACCCAGUGUUGAUAAAUCAGAUGAUGAAGAUGAUGAGGAUUUAACAGUGAACAAAACUUGGGUCUUGGCACCAAAGAUUCAUGAAGGAGACAUAACACAAAUUCUCAACUCAUUGCUUCAAGGCUAUGACAAUAAACUUCGUCCAGAUAUAGGAAUGAGACCUACGAUAAUUGAAACUGAUGUUUAUGUUAACAGCAUUGGCCCAGUUGAUCCCAUAAAUAUGGAAUAUACAAUAGAUAUAAUUUUUGCCCAAACUUGGUUUGAUAGUCGUUUAAGAUUCAACAGUACCAUGAAAGUGUUUAUGCUUAACAGUAAUAUGGUUGGAAAAAUUUGGAUUCCUGACACUUUCUUCAGAAACUCAAGAAAAUCAGAUGCUCAUUGGAUUACCACUCCUAAUCGUCUCCUUCGAAUUUGGAAUAAUGGACGAGUACUCUAUACGCUCAGAUUGACAAUUAAUGCAGAAUGUUACCUUCAGCUUCAUAACUUUCCUAUGGAUGAACAUUCCUGUCCACUGGAAUUUUCAAGCUAUGGAUACCCUAAAAAUGAAAUUCAAUAUAGGUGGAAAAGACCUUCUGUAGAAGUAGCUGAUCCUAAAUACUGGAGAUUAUAUCAGUUUGCAUUUGUAUGUUUACGUAACUCAACUGAAAUCUCUCACACAAUCUCUGGAGACUAUGUUAUUAUGACAAUAUUUUUUGACCUGAGCAGACGAAUGGGAUAUUACCAGACUUAUAUUACAUGUAUUCUGACAGUUGUUCUUUCAUGGGUAUCGUUUUGGAUCAAUAAAGAUGCAGUGCCUGCAAGAACAUCACUUGGUAUUACUACAGUUCUGACUAUGACAACUCUGAGUACCAUAGCUAGGAAGUCCUUACCCAAGGUCUCUUAUGUGACAGCGAUGGAUCUUUUUGUUUCUGUUUGUUUCAUUUUUGUUUUUGCAGCCUUGAUGAAAUAUGGCGCCUUGCAUUACUUUACCAGCAACAAAAAAGGAAAUAUGCUCAAAGACAGGAAACUAAAAUCCAAGGCCUCAGUGACCCCAGGACUUCAUCCUGGAUCCACUCUGAUUCCAAUGAAUAGCAUUUCUAUGCCACAAGGAGAAGAUGAGUACGGAUACCAGUGUUUGGAGGGCAAAGAUUGCGCCAGCUUCUUCUGUUGCUUUGAGGACUGUAGAACAGGGUCUUGGAGGGAAGGAAGGCUCCACAUUCGCAUUGCCAAAGUUGAUUCCUAUUCAAGAAUAUUUUUCCCAACAGCCUUUGCCCUGUUUAAUUUGGUUUAUUGGGUUGGCUAUCUUUAUCUAUAAUUUCUACUUGUUUGGCAAAAGCUAUAAAAAUUCCGAUUAAAUUUAGUGUAACCAACUAAACUUCAGUGAUAUGAAGAUUAAA